AUGGAGAACCCGGUUUUAAUCCAGAAAGCCCCUCGGCGACACAAAUCUGCAAUUCCAUUAUUCCUGUUUCAUGAUGGUGGUGGAACAGUUUUACCCUAUUACUUCCUCGAAAGCUUAAACCGCAAUGUAUGGGGAAUAUCAUAUCCACAUCUUAAUGACGGUGGUACUUUUGAACGUGGUAUUAAAGGAAUGGGCGAAUUAUAUGCUGGAUACAUCCGAGGAAAAGUCUCCAGAGGCAAAGUCCUACUUGGUGGUUGGUCUGCAGGCGGUUCAAUAGCAAUUCAAGUUGCAAAGUGCUUGGAGAAUAUUCCAGAACUUUGUGUCGCUGGAAUAGUCUUGUUAGAUACACCAUUUCCUGAUUUUCCGGACUGGCGACCAAAGAAUUCACCACCAGUUCAGUUCCAUAUCCCAGUGGCGCCGGAUCAAACAGCAAAGAGUAGAUUGGCACAACAGCAAGCUGUGAAUGAUAUUAUCCAUGCGCUUUCAGUCUGGGAGUUGCCAACUUGGGAAAACGGAAGACGACCGCCACCCGCUGUUUUCAUAAGGGCACUCAAGGUAGUACCGACAGAGAAGGUUGUAGAGGUUGUAGAGGUCGACUGGUUUCGCGAGGAAUAUGCUUUAGGUUGGCAAAGGUAUCCGUACAACUUUAUAAUUGAAGAGCUUCGAGUUGAUGGUGAUCAUUUUAGCAUCUUCACUCCUUCAUAUCAUAUUACUGGAUUCCAAGCAGAACAGCAGCAUAGUAAUCUCGGCUUUAUGAAGAGGCAUCAUCAAAACACCAGGAUAAACGUUCUUCACGUCGAAGUCGGCACAGUUUUGAAUUUCAAUCUUGAGGAGGCUUGGCAAUUAGUCAUGCCAUGA